GGGGCAGCGGGGCCGGAAGCGCCGCGCUCACGUGAGCGGCACCCGGAACCGCGCGGCAGCCGGCAGCGGGCGGCGAUGAGCGCCGGGGCUGGGGACGAGGCGGCGGCGGCGGCGGCGGCGGCGGCCGGGUCUGAGCCCGAGCGCCGGGUCCGCAUCGUGGUGGAGUACUGCGAGCCCUGCGGGUUCGAGCCCACGUACCAGGAGCUGGCGAGCGCCGUGAAGGAGGAGUACCCCGACAUCGAGAUCGAGUCCCGACUUGGCGGCACAGGUGCCUUUGAGAUUGAAAUCAACGGGCAGCUGGUCUUCUCCAAGCUGGAGAACGGAGGCUUUCCCUACGAGAAGGAUCUGAUCGAAGCGAUUCGCAGAGCGAGGAAUGGGGAGCCGCUCGAGAAAAUCACCAACAGCCGCCCGCCGUGCGUCAUCCUGUAGCCCCGGCUGCGUCCCCGUGCUGAGCCGGGGUCUCCCGGCGCCCGCCGGCCGGCCCGUGCCCCCUCGGCACCCCCGUGCUUCGCUCCGCUCUGCCCCCGUUGGCUCCCUGCGCGGCCGGGGACGUCGGGGGAGCGCAGGCGCGUGAGGAGACCCUGGGAAGGCCACCGCCCGGCGCGGCCGGGCCAGCCCUGCCGCGAUAGCCCCGGGGGGAGCGUGCCGGCCCGGCCCCUCAGGCCGCGCAGCCGAGAUCCCGGCUCUUGCGGACUCCGGAUCCAGGCUGCUCGACGCGCCGGGGGCAGCUGAGGUGGCCGCGUGGCUGUGCCGUCCCCGUCGGUCCCGGCCCGCUGAAGGGUGUAACCGUGGUACCGCCCAGCUUCCCCGAGGCAGGGCGAGCGCUUCCCCGCCUGCCUUCGCCGUCCCCUUGCCUCUCUCCGGGCUCGGGCUCCUCCGAGGGCCCAGCAGGGCAGGGUGGCGCGGGGAAGGGCUUUCCUCCCCUACCCGCUGCGGUUCUGGGGCAGUGCCACGAACCCUCGGUGCCUCCCGUGCCGUGGGGCCCGUGAACGUGCUGCCCAGCGCGGGAGCCAAGCCCAGCGUACGCAGGGGACUUUGCAGGUUCAGACUUCCCAGGAGGUUAAAGCAGAGGAAAACCACUUUCUGUAAACUUUGGCAUGGUUCGUUAAUGAUUAAAGUCCCUCCUGUCACUGUUUAAACUGGUGCGAAGGCAGCGGGGACUGGCUGCCCGCUCUGGGCAUGGGAACCCCUGCUUGGCUCUGUCCCCAGAGCCAAGAGGGUUAUUUAACGGCCGCGAGCUUCCCCCUCCUCCCCUUUCUCAGGCUCCUGCGCUUGGCUCUCGCUUUCUGCCUGUCAUGACUCUGCCCUUCGCCACGGGGCAGCCGAGCCCGGGGGGAGCGUGGCCGCGCCAGGGGAGUGCCGGUGCGGGGGGCCGGCGGCACCCGCGGCGCCGCUCCCCUGGCGCAGAGCCUGCAUGCCGAGCCGAGGGUGGGGCGCCCUAUUUAUUCUAUACUGUGUAUAAACCCGACGGCCUGGUGCUGAAUAAAGGAGAGAGGAGAACGUG